AUGGGCAUAGAGACCUCCCCCGAUGUCGAGGAAUCGACAGAACCUCCUAUAUGUCCUUGUACGGGACAUCUUCAAUAUCAACAUACAAAUGUAGCUUCCAACAGCGUAGAAGCCCAAUCUUCCGUUGUGAACGAGAAAUCCAAUAAACCCACGAAUGAGAAACCCACGUCCAUCCAACCGGCGAAGGAGAAUCUCGAAGAAAAUGCCCAUUUCAUCAGCCCCUCCCACCUAUCUGUUCUUCUUCAGACAGACGUGCGUUAUGGACUUUCCAGCGCCGAAGCGGCCGCGCGCCUCGAGCGGGAUGGCCCAAAUACGAUGGGGGAGAUGGAGAGUGUCUCCGUCUGGGGGAUACUGCUGAGACAGGUAUCCAAUAGCUUGACUUUGGUCUUACUUCUUACAAUGGGUUUGUCUUAUGGCAUACACGAUUAUAUCGAAGGCGGAGUUAUCACCGCCGUCAUUGUUCUCAAUAUAGUCGUGGGGUUCGUACAAGAUUACCGAGCAGAGAAAGACAUCCUCUCCCUCCACUGUCUGUCGGCACCGAUAUGCAAGGCCAUCCGCGACAACCGUGUAAUCUCUGUGAAAGCAGAGUCACUAGUCGUCGGCGACAUCGUUCAACUAGCAGUUGGGGAUAUUGUACCGGCUGACCUACGUCUAUUCGAUGGCAUGAAUGCAUCAAUGGACGAAGCUCUUCUCACUGGUGAAUCUCUUCCCGUCUUGAAAACCCCACAUAUAACUUUGGUUGCCCCGGACAUACCAAUUGGCGAUAGAACAAACAUGGCAUACUCAGGCUGCAGCACGACCCAAGGUCGAGCAAUGGGAAUUGUCACUGCAACUGGGAUGCAAACUGAAGUUGGGAAGAUUGCUCAAUUACUUCAGGAUAAGGGAAGUGACGACAGCGCAAAUUCAUUCGCUCGUCUAGCUCUACGGAUGAAAUCUUCUGCUAUGAACAUUUUAGGUCUGGUGGGUACUCCCUUGCAAGUGAAACUGAGCAAGUUUGCCUUGCUGCUUUUUGGUCUUGCCAUUCUUCUGGCCAUUAUUGUCUUUUCUGUCAAUAAAUGGAAUGUUCAAGGAGAGGUACUUAUAUACGGCAUCUGUGUUGCUGUUGCUGUCAUCCCGGAGUCCUUGAUCGCGGUUCUCACCAUCACCAUGGCUGUGGGCACCAAGGCAAUGGCCAAGGGCAAUGUCAUCGUCCGCAAGUUGCAGUGCCUCGAGGCCGUCGGAGGUGUCACCAAUAUCUGUUCCGACAAAACUGGCACUCUCACUCAGGGAAAGAUGAUCGCUCGAUGUGCUUGGAUUCCAAAUGUGGGUACUAUGACAGUGCGGGAAACAACUAAUCCAUUUGACCCAACAAACGGCCUGGUACAACUCGAUGGAAUUGAGUGGGACUCGAGUCAGCCAAUCGAGCAGCACCCUGCGCUACAUGUCUUCUUCUCUGCAAUAGCUCUCUGCAACCUAUCAACCGUGCAUCAAGCCAAUAAAACAUGGACUGCUGUCGGCGAGCCUACAGAAAUUGCCCUUCACAUUUUGGCCAUGCGCUUUGACUUCGGAAAGAAUGUGAUCCUUGCAAAGCGCAAACUGGACCUUCAUACAGAAUACCCAUUUGACUCCGCCAUUAAGAAAAUGACGGUCAUUUACACUAAUUCCACUGAUAAGGUCAAUGAAAUCUACACCAAGGGUGCACCAGAAGCAGUUCUUCCCCAUGUCUCAGCCAGCGAGGAGGAGAUGAGCAUCAUGAAAGAAGCUGCCGAUCGAAUGGCAGGCGAAGGCCUGCGAGUUUUAUGCGUUGCCCACAAAACAGUUCCCAUGGGUGACACCUCUGAAAUCUCACCCCGAGGCUCAGGCGAGUCAAACUUGCAGUUUGCGGGCUUUGUUGGACUUUAUGAUCCACCGCGAAUUGAAACAGCAGCAGCAGUUCGCAAAUGUCAAAUGGCAGGCAUUGCAGUGCACAUGCUGACAGGCGACCAUAUCAAAACCGCCACCGCUAUCGCAUCGGAAGUAGGAAUCCUCGAUCGUCUGGAUACUUCUGUGAAAUGCAGAAAAUUGGUCAUGUCGGCCGAUGAGUUUGAUAAACUUUCCGAUCCUGACAUCGACAGUAUGGAGGAGCUACCUCUGGUAGUCGCACGAUGCAGUCCCGCAACAAAGGUCCGCAUGGUCGAGGCAAUGCAUCGGCGGCGGGCCUUUUGUGUUAUGACUGGAGACGGUGUCAAUGAUUCUCCUGCUUUGAAAAGGGCAGAUGUUGGUAUCGCAAUGGGCAAGAAUGGCAGCGAUGUCGCGAAGGAAGCGGCAGAUAUGGUUCUGACCGAUGAUAAUUUUGCCUCGAUUGUCAAAGCUGUCGAGGAAGGAAGACGGUUGUUUGAUAACAUUCAAAAGGCAAGCCAUAUUUUUUUCCUCAUGCACCUUCUCAUUUCAAACAUUGCCCAGGUCAUCCUCCUUCUGAUUGCCCUAGCAUUCAAAGACACAAGCGGCAGCUCCGUCUUUCCACUUUCGCCGCUCGAAAUCCUAUGGGCCAACCUGGUCACAUCGUCCUUCCUGGCCGUCGGCCUCGGCCUAGAAGAAGCCCAACCAGACAUCAUGUACAGACCACCACACAACCUCCGCGUAGGCGUCUUUACCCGCGAGUUGAUAGUAGACAAGAUGAUCUACGGCACAUUCAUGGGCUCGCUCUGCCUCAUCUCAUUCAUCUGCGUCAUCUACGCCGCCGGUGUCGGAUCCUCCGAUUUAGGUGAGGGAUGCAACCAGGCAUACAACCCAACCUGCCACGCAGUCUUCCGUGCCCGAGCUACGACGUUCGCAACAUUGACAUUUCUGCUACUCGUCACGGCCUGGGAAGUCAAACACUUCUCCCGAUCCCUUUUCAAUAUGGAUCCCAUCCGGUCUCCGCAGGCCCUGUCCGUAUUCCCAACAGUCUGGCGCAACCGCUUCCUCUUCUGCGCCGUCAUGGCUGGAUUCGUCAUUGUAUUCCCGGUUAUCUAUCUCCCUGUGAUAAAUGAGCUUGUGUUCAAGCAUCAUGCUAUAACGUGGGAAUGGGGUAUUGUCGUCGGCUGCACAGCUGUGUAUCUGCUUGGUGUUGAGAGCUGGAAGGCCGUUAAGCGGGCGCUUCGGAUCGGGAGUGGGAAGCAUGGUACUUUGACCCUGGAGGAUGCGGAGUUCCGGGCCGGGUUGGCUAUGUCGACACCUUCGUCGAUGAGCGCUAAUGCCAGUGUCGAGAUGAAAUGA